AUGGAGAGCACGGCUGCAGAGGCGGGCGCGCCUGCCUGUGGGGACUCCUCGGGAGGCACAUCCAAAUGCCGGAAACAGCGCACAGUUAGCGCGUCGUCUUCGUCGCCCCCUGAGUCUCCUGACUCUCCUGGUGCUGAAGGCCCUGGUCGUCGGCCGGCAAGCGUCUUCAAACUUAGUGCGUCUACGACGCCGCUAGGCUCAAUCUCCUUCUUUCCCCCGUCUGAAGGUCACGAGUCUGGGCUGUGCGCCUCCCCACACGGUGCGCUUCGAGAUCCCUGCUCCGAUGGACUUAACGAGCCCUCUAGGCGCCGCGGAGAUUGUUCCCCGUUUUCUGUCGACAGGGGCGCGCUAGGUGGAGCUCCGACUUGUUCGCUCUUCGCCCCUGAGAGAAGCACUCGACUCACUCUCAAUCCUUUUGCAGCCAGUGAAGAUGCCACGGCCAAGGGACGCGAACUCGGCGUGCCUUCUGCGUCUGCCUUCUCCCUUGAAGUAGAGGUCAUGCGCCUUUCUGUGGCUCAGGCAAAGGCCGGUCAGUUUCACGCGAUGCUUGUUUUCCCAGCUUCUUCGGAGCUCUCUGAGGUUUUAGGGCCCUGUGCGACACGCAGAGCCGUAAGACGCCCGCCAGACGCCUGCAGCGGAGGCGGGGUGGGGGUGCUCGCCGGUGGAUUGCAAGAUGCUGAAAUAGCUCAGCUGUCUAUCAGGGAAGCGGAGGAAGACAGCGCACUCUCGGGGUUUGUGCUCGGAAGUGUCAUCGAAAAGAAUACUUCCUCUGCAGAUGCGCACGCGACGCCCGCUCCGUGUCCGCCUCAGGCGGCCUCCGUUGCGCCACCGUCAGACUCAUAUCCGCCAGGCAGCAGCGGGCCUUUGUCCUUUCUGCCUUCGAACGCAGCUAUAGAGGCUCCCUUCGGUUUUCCGAAGGCAGUCCAUCGGUCGCUCCUGCCAUGUCACAGUCGUCGGGGGGCCGACGACAACGCCGGCACACCAGGAGGCUUGCGACCGAAAACGGGGCCUACCGGUGCGACGGCAGCAAGCAGCUUCAGCGACCGUGGCAGCACGAGCGUUUCAGGACCUGGGGCGGUGGGCAAGGCAUUGGCUGCGGAGAUUGAAAACGAAAAUCUUCAUAUUUUGAGCCGCAUGCAGCCCCACGAGAUUCGGGAGGCUCGGGAGGAGAUCCUCCAGCGCUUUGGGGCAGAACGAUUUGCGGCCCUGCAGAGACGAGCGCUCCGGCGGGCUCGUGCGAAAUGCAGCGGCGAACAUCAAGAACAGAAUGGAAAUGCUGAGGCGACGAGGGGCGCAGCAGCUGGACGGGCCGCACGGGGCGAAAGGCAGCAGCUCCAGAAUGAGGACGCUGCGCGCCUGUCCGCGUUCCCGCGCGAGAACAGAACUGAGGAAAGUCAGACGCGCCUUCAAGCGGGCGGCUCAGCUCCCGCCGCUUCUCCGGUGCCGCCCUCGUCCUCGUGUGCAUCGUCUACACAGUCAUCUGUUUUUGCUCUGCCGGGAGGCAGGCAGUGCGUUCUCGAGUGGAGCCUCGAGCCGCGUCGGGCGCUGGCGGCUGCGGCGGCCCGGACACCGGCGGAGGGAAGAGAAACGACCUUUGAGCCCGCUUUCCAAGGUGACGGGCAAGGACUGAAUGGGGGGGUUGUCCGGCCGUGCAUGCAGGGUCAGUCAGGCAAGGACGCGGCGCAGCCGGCUGGGGCUACAAGUUCUGUACGAUUUGAUCUCCAGGAAGCUGCGAAACUGCAGUGGGCAAAUCCGCUUGGUCUGGAAGAUGCGAGGGGUGGACCUCUUGAGGAGGAAGACGGAGAGUGGGAGCACCAGCGUGUGCAGGGGGGGGUGUUCACCGGGGUACCUGCGAAAGCAGGGCGAGGAACGAAGACACGCAUCAGAAUUGAACGUCUCCGGUUCGACUUCGACGGGAAGCUGCGGAGCGAGGUCUUCCCGUCUCAGGUGCUGUGGAGUAAGCUGUGUCUCUUGCGACAGGCUGGCGAAGAGUCCCUCUGCUCCGCUCUGUUGGCGAAUUCUCUACCGGAUUUGACGCGCGAAGACCCUCUCGAGUAUCACCGAGGUCUUCACCACCAUGGCGAUGAAGCAGCGCUGGCGGGAUAUACACUGGGCGAGUUGUUGCAGCUGGCUCAGAGCGCGAGUCGGCCGCAGGCGGCUCUCGCUGUACGGACACUCGGCGCCGUGCUUCGCGCUUCGCGGACGCUUUUCCUUUUUCCGCGUGUGCGCGACGCGGACCUUGUCAUCCUGUCCAAAAUGCUAGAAGCGGCGAAGAACGCAGACCACGGCGAACGAAGGAGUGAUGCCGCUGUCCUUUCGUCUUUCCCUAGUAACGCCCUCGCUCCGCCGAACGACGGAGAGAAGGGACGUUUCCUGCCCCUGCUCCGACGCCUGGCCUCCGGCUCGGAGUCAACCUGCCGUUCGGCGUUCGGCGUAGGUUUGCCCAGGUGGAGACGCUUCGUAUUUCGAGACCUCUUUCUCUGCUGGCGUCUCUCCUCCCUGCUCCAGCAGCAGACGCCUGCAGUCCACCGCGCGGCGCUCUCGGCGCUCGACGCUGCAUUAGGUGCUCCGGUGCCCGAAGACAAAGUUGCACUGCAUGGCGGCGGUGAGCAGAGGGAAAGACGAGGCGCCGGUGCGCAAGAGGACAGUUCUGCCCAAGAGCGGAGUGAUGGUGGAGACGCAGAGGUGCGCUGGCGGGGCGUCGUGUGGGGAGGAGGAGGCAGCGGGGCCUUCCCUGUUUUCCUCGAGCGUGGCAGCCAGACGAGCGGCGGACGGGCACACUCACGAGUGGGCGAAAAGGAAACGGUCGCGCGAGGUAGCCAAUCGCCUGCUUCGUCUUCCUUCGUGGACGCGGAAGGUGCUGACGCAGGCGGCGAUCAAGCGAGGCUCCACCCCGGGUCGGAGGGGGGCCGAAGGUCCCGCAGCGACUGCGGCUCCGAGAGGGUGCAGGAGGCCGAGCGCAUGUGCCUCUACGGCGUGGGAGGCUUUGAUUUCCUCGAGGAAGGGGACGUGGGCUUUCCUCUUUUGAGUUUGACAGGCCCAGCGGGGGGCGAAGAAGAAACGACAGGGUGCGGAGGUGCGUUUUCUUUUUGGCAGGCUCUGUCGCUGCGCGUGAGAGACACGCACGAGGAGGACGGAGGAGGGCCUGAAGGGGAACGCGACGACUCGAGCCGCCGCCGAGUGACGUUCGCUGCAUCGGGAGACGAUUCUGUUGACGGAACGGCGAACUCGAACUCCCGUGAGGAGACAAAGGAGGAUGUGUCCGUAGCCGAGCUGUACUACCGCCAUCCUAUCGCUUGUUUACUCACAUACAGCCCUCUUUUGGAUCGGCUUGCUCUCUUCCUGUCCCUCUACGAGGCCGAUCACGAGGUGGAGCGCAGCUGCCUGCGUCUCCUGCUUGUCUGCGCCCUCCUCGGACACUCCGCUGCUCAGCAGAUUCUUUCACAUUCCUCGCUAUCGUCCCGUCUUCAGCACCUGGCAGAGAGUCUCGUCGUGGGCUCCAGCGCUCGCGGCCUGCGCGUUCAACGCGAGCGGAGUGGGUUGCCGGCGGCAAGCGCCUUAGAGAACGGCAGACGCGACGGCUCCGCUCUGUCUGCGUCUUUGGCAUCCGGAGACAUGUACGCGCACCUGCUUGCAGCGAGAAAAGCAGAAACAGCGGCGCUGGCGGCACGCUGUGGCACGCCCCUGACGACAGCCGAGCGCAGGGUGGCUCUGGAUCUUCUUCGCCUGCUUCGGUGCUUGGCCCGCUGGGGACGAAGGGGGGACGACGACGCGCCUCUAGGAGACGACCUGCUGCUGUGGGGCGACGCGUCUCCCGCGUUCUGGGCUGUAGUCAACCAGAGCAUGAUGGAAGGUCUGUCGGUUCUCCCACGUGCUGCGGGGACGAAUGAGUCGAACGUGGACGAACCGCAGGGCGCCGACCGUCAAGGCGCUGCGCCGUCGAGCGGCGAUGCGACAGACGCGUUCCCCUACCUCGGGGCCUCUUCGGCCUCGGUCUCGGCAGAGAAGUGUCGCGCGGCUCGCUGCAAGUCGCCAGCGCGUUCGGCAUCCCGUCUGUCCGUGCCGGCGGUCGAAGGCGCGGAGCCAGAACCGUUUGCGGGUGAGGCGCUGCAGCUCCUCGGUGCCGCGGAGGCGCUCCGUGUCGUGCGAAUGGCUGUGUCUCGGCACGCGAAAGCUGAUGAGCUGACUUCCUUUUUUCCGGCGCUUUCCACCUGCGUGAACCAGUUCAUGACAAGCCUUCAGCAGCUGUACGGCGAGGCCCUUCUGGCGCACCUUCUGGUGGACGCUGUCUCUCCCCCGACUCCAGGCAACACCGAGCAAGACCAAGAGGCGCUGCUUCUGCCGCCUGAAGCCUCGUCGCCUUCGCCGCAGUCUGCAUCUGCCCGCGGUGCCUCGCGUCAACUGACUCAGGUCGAACAGAAUGCAGACGCCUUGUGUGUCUUCCACGGAAGCGUGGCAAGAGAGAUUUUCCUCUGGGCAGCACUGGGGCUGGAGAUGCGACAGCGCAAGCGCAGAAAAGGCUCGUACGGAACGCCCCUCUCCGGGUUAGAGGGAGCGUCUCUGCUCGGCCCCGUGCCCGUCAUUAUCCGGCUUCUGUGGCAGUUGAAGCCACGGGCGUCGCGCGUGCCGCCAGCCGCCUCUCUUCGCGUCGCCCAGAGUGCGCUGCAGCUUGCGCACAGCAGUGCGGCCGCCGUGCUGCGGUGUAUUUCCCCUUCUUGCCGCGGAGAAGACGCUUGCAGGACAGUCGUGAAUGGGGAACACCUCGGCGGCGAACAUAGAAAGGACCGAGCAACGACCGAGGCUUCCCUCGAGUCGAUCACGAGAAGAGCGCGCUGUCUGGGCGUUGCAGAAGUAAGCACGGAGCGAAACCCUACAGGGGAAGCGGAGAGGCAAGGCCCUCCGGGAGGAAGCGCGGCUGAGGGCAGUGCAGGAAAGGCAAGGCCGACGCGUGGGCUGUCAGGGGGUUUCGAACCCGCGUUGAAGGACUCUGCGUCCGCCGGGCCCGCAGAGGCCCGGUGGACGCAGAGUCCAAGCGACGAUAAUGCAGCGAAGGCCGCGCCUCAGGUGGUCGCGAGAGGGGGAGGGAAGACGCGCAAACGCGUGUGGUCGAGGGACGAGGAGCUGCUGGUUUUCCGCUGGCUGCGAUCUUCGCGGCCGAUCGUCGAGGCUAUGUUUUGUGAGGACUGUAGCGCGUUUCCGCCGCCGUCACCUAGUCGUUCGGCAUCUCCCCUGCGCUAUGAGGAGGUUGAGGGAGCGAGGCAGCAGGCCUUCGCUCCCACGGGUGCGAGUCCAUGCGCUCAACUGAUGGAGAGCAUCGCGGUUACACUCAGUGAGACUGAUGGAAGAACUGGGGCGGAUUUCGCGGCGCGUUUCACCGCUUAUGUCGUUGCCUCCGGAUGGUCAGCGGUCUUUCGGUGCUGCUGCGGGCAGGGAAGGCAGGGAGGGGUCGACGCGGCGGCGAUGCGACGGGAGGCAGCCCCCGAGAAAUCUGCCCAGUUGCGGGAGUCGAUGGCAGACGCCGACGGCGAGGUGACAUGCUGGAGGGGCGUCAUUCCCGCGACCAGCGAGGCCUUUGGGGUACCCGCCUUGCCGCGCCGAGAUGGAUUUUUUGCGCCGGAGGUGUAUGAGGCUAUCGCCAUCCGACAGCGCAGGGAGACCGGCCUCGAAGCGGAGACACACGGUGAAACGGAAAAGCCCGGUCACAGCAGGAAUUUUGAUGUCGGCGCGGAGAGGGCAUUGCCUCACGAGAUUGAACACUUCUUGACGGAAGCGCGCUUGCUGACUACAGUGUCGGAUUUUUUCGUGACGGCUCUAUCCCUUAUGCGGCACCCUGGGUCUUGUCGCGCCUCGAAGCAGAGCGAGGGAGGAGACAGUCCGUCUGAAGGCGGCUUUUCCUCGACUGUCCUCGUCUCCCUCGGCGCCGCGGCAACGACGCUCUGCCGCCUCCUACGGCGUUUCCUUCUCUCUCUCUUCCGUCGCCUGAGAUGGCCAGAGCACCUUGGGCAGCGGUGCCUCAGUGCGGCACCAGGGGCGUCCCUGUCAGAGGCUCGCUCUGCCCGCGCUGCGAAGAACGGCGAGAUGGAAGGUCGAGAUUGCUCCGCGUCUCCUGUGUCUUUCUCUCCGUCGCCAUCUCCUGCAUCCCCUCCACCUCUUCGCUUUCACGAGGCAGCUGUGUGCUCGGGGCCGGUGCUGCUGUGCGACAUCCUUGCGCGUCUGAUGAUCUCUCUGCUUGAUUUCCGCCGAGUCUGCUUCUCCCCAGCCUCUGGGCUCCGGCAGGAGCGAGAAGCUCGUGAAGGGCAGGAAGAAAGCGAACGGCGACCUGACACUGGCUGGAGUUUGCGAGAAGAACAGGAAUGCAUCUUAGCGGCGUGUAGCGCAGCAAGCACUUCGCACACGUUGUUCCGAUGCAUCGUCGCCUUAUACUCAAAUACGGUUCAUCAGCUACGAGUUCUGGAGGCGCGGCCGAGAGUUUUUGAUUCGGCUCGUCUGGCCAGCUCCACAAUUGCACGUCCUGGCGUGUCAACAAACGUGGAAGCGGCCUCGGAGCGGGAGUCUGUUACCGAAAGAGGAGAAAGAGUCGACAGCGGUUUCACCGUCAAGGAAAGGGAUGAGUGGAGACAAAAGUGGAUCGCCGGGGCAGCUUUGUGGUUCACCAUGUGUUUCCUCUCGGAUCGCAGCCUUCAGUCAGGGAAGUCCUCUGCUGAUAACGGGAAAAAAAACGUAUUGGUAGCCCGCGGAGGCGCGGCUGCUCGCGACGGCGUCACUUUCGAACUCGCGUGGCGCGCCUUUGCGGCGGUCUCUGAAGAGAUAGAGGGGAGGCUGCAAGCGGAUAGGGGCGAAGAGGGGGACGGCCAAACGGCGGAGCUCGGACAGACGCCGCCCCCGGUGCCUCUCUGUCUGCUUCUGUCCUUCGAUGAGAUCUGCAGCUGCCUGCCUGUCGGGCUUGAAGGCGCGAGGGAGGAAGAAGGACGAGGAGGCGCUCAAGAAGCGGCGUCUAACAGCAGCGAGGCAGUUCCCGUCCCUGCUGAGCUGCCUUGCGUCCCUCUCUUCAGCUCGGCCCUGGACGCUCUUGUUGGCGGAAGCCUUUGGGGCGCUCUGGCUAUGGAUGCCUCUUCAGGUUCCACUUCGUUUCUGCCGACGGAUUCUACGGGGAACGCUGCAUGGUAUGGGCAGGAGCUGUCAUUCCCAGUCGCUUCCCUCUUAUGCAGCACACCUUUUCUUGCACAAGACCUUCGGGAGUAUUUCGCGUCUUCUCUGGUUCUCUCUGGCCUUCUUCUCUUCUACACAGAGCCAAGCAUUGCAGCAGGUGUGGGCAGACUCUGUUCCGCUGGCGCGUCGUCUGCUUGGCAAGUCGCGAAACGAAAAGGAAAGCGAGAAGGCAGUGGAGACGCGUCCCCCGCCCAGCGCGAUGUUUCGCCGGCGUCGGCGCUGCAUUCUGCUUCCCCUUCGGCUGCCGCCUGCGGAGAAACGGGAGGAGCGGUGAGCCGAGGGCCGCUGGAAGAUUUGUGGUGGCUGCUCGACGUCUGGCUGUUGCAGCCGCUGGGGGUUGCCUCGAGGUUCGGUGAGCUGAGAGAAGGCUGUGGGGCCCCGUCCGCGGACGCAGGCGAAGGAACACAGGCUUGCCAGGACGAAGAGGAAGGGAGUGGAGAGAGGGAGAGGAGCGAAAUGCCCGCAGAUUCCCGGGGCGCGGAUUCGCUCGCAGGGCGGCGUGCUGGGCAGGCGUGUGUGCGGUUCAGCAACGCGUUCUUGGCUGUGUGGACAGCUGUAUCGAGACAAGGCCAAGCCGAUGGCGCAGCCAGCGUGGAGACGAUCCUCUCCCUUGCACGAGGAUACUGCAUGAAAGCAGCGGCGCAGGAAACGGGUGCGGCCAGCGAGCUCGAUGCUGCGGUCCGCGACGGUGACUGCAGGUUCAUGUCGGGGCGCCGCUUGGCCUUCCAGAGACAACGAGUGGCUGUCGCCGCACGCGGCGACAGCCACGCGACAGACAGGCUGUCUUCUCUGUCUUCCCCGCCCGCUCCUGCUGGCUUUCCUCUCUGCUGCGCAAAAGCUCAAGACGUUCUGCUGACUCGCGUCGCACGGCUUGUGCAGCGGGCCCACUCCACUGAAGACACUUCCGACCCUCUUCUCUUUCUUCUUCUUUGGCUUCUCGGCUUCUCUCCCGAUUUUCCCGUCGAAUGCCGCAGGCUUAUUCUCUCUGAGACCGCCGUCCUCACCCUAGCCGACCGCACCUUCUUCCUGGGCCUGGGGCACCGCGAGCCGACGGCCGAGGAGGGAAGCGAAGACUUAGGAUGCGGAGUGCAAAGAACAGUCAGAGAGGGGAGACAACCUGAGGCACGCACGGAGCGCCAGGCGGGAGACGGGGCAAAGGCGUUGGCUGGGGGAAACGGAGGACCUGAAAGGCCGCCGACUAAGAAGGCCGUGCUCGUCUGUCCAACGUGGGGGGUCCUUACCCCUCAGGGGGGGGAGCUUCUGGGGCUUAGCGAGGCUAGCUGGUGGCUGAUGCGUCCCGGAGGGCUUCCGCUGGAAGCCACAGAGGAAAUCUUGACGUUGUAUCGGUCUUUCGUUCGAAGCCGCCUCACCCAUGCGUUCGGCUUCUCCCCUGGAGAACUCACGCUGCUUCCAUCACGGCGCUGCUCGUUUGGUGAUGCUGCCGCACAGGAGCAAGGUGUAGGCCUCGUCGUUCCCACUCAGGGGCUUUUGACAGUCCAGGCGCUCGCAGCGCUAGUCCGUGACGAAAUAACGUGUUUUCUCGCCGCUCCUCGCUCCACGUCGCCCGCUGGACAGAGGACAGGAGAAACUCGAGGGCAUGUGCAUGGACGAGAGGACGUGAGCGGUGCGUUGAGCUGCGGAACGGCAAAAGGCGACGAGGGGAACGAGGCGCAGCGGCUCGAAGGAGAGGCAACCGGGGCACAGGACGGCAGUGUGAACUUAGACGACGGGGAGUCGAAGCAGACUGUAGCCCGACAGAUAAGUGAGGAAGCUCUUCGGGAAGUGCAAACCGAAAUCGCCCGUGUGGCGCAGUGCCUCGCGCCUGUGUUUGGGGCGAGAUCGGCACUCGCCUCUUGCCAGCAAGGAGGGAAAGUUCAUCUGGAUUCGGUAGUUCGUCACCUAGGCAAGGCGGUCCAAGGUCUGCUCAGUUUGGCAGCGUCUCUUCGUGACGGAGCGGCAGAGAUCCCCUCGUAA